AUGGCAUCCAUCAGCUCUGAUUCGGACUGCGAUGAUGAGCUCCAGUGCUUCAAAUGCAGCGCACCUGCCCUUCAUAAGGCAGCUUGCCGCAGGGACCGAUGCCGGGGAAGCGUGGCUUUCUGCAGCCGCUGCGCGACGGCCGAGUGCAUCUUCUGUGGCCAUCGCUACGAGCAGGAAGACAUGGUGGAGUUGGCCCGAGACAGGGCAAGGGAGCCGAAGGAGCUGCACUCCAAGGCCCCGGCGCCAGUUUGGACCGGCACCCCGGCCCCACGCGAGUACCAAGUGCAGGCCUUCAGGCAGGUGUGCGAGCAGAACACGAUCGUGAACAUGGAUACUGGCCUGGGCAAAACACUCAUCGCGGUGAUGUGUAUAGAUUAUCACCUGAAACGCCAGCCUUCCAAGAAGGUCUUGAUGUGUGUUCCAACAGUCCAGCUGGCGAAGCAGCAGGCAUCCUACAUCCAAGCGACAUCCACUGUCUCAGGGAUUCAAGUCGCUGACGUCACUGGCGGAACGAUCGCCGCUACGGCAGACAGCUGGGCGAAGCUGCUUCAAGGGCAUCAGGUGAUAGUGGCCACGGGCCAACUGGCGAUGCAGGCUGUUACAGAAUGGGGCUUCUUGCCCCUCGAACAGCUGAGCCUGCUGAUCCUCGAUGAAUGUCACCAUGCCGUUGGCAGCCACCCUUUCGUAUCCCUUAUGCAGGAGCCCCGAGCCUGGGAGCUGCCGGGGUUGGAGCUCCCUCGUGUGCUGGGCCUCACCGCGAGCUACCUGAAUGGAAGGAGUACAGACUUCCUGGGAAAGCGCCUGCGUCUGGAGGCUACUUUGCGCAGCUGCCUCUGGUGCGCGGACGAGGCCCGGCUGCAGCAGUUCCGCUCGCAGCAGACCUUCGAGACGCUAAGCUACCGCGAGGGCAGCUCCCAGUUCCUCGCGCUGCGGCAGCGCUGCUGCGAGGAGCUCCGAGUUCUUCUCCAGGCCUACACGCAGAACGACCAAAGCCCCCUCUGGGACUGCCGACAAGACAUCGACAGGCUGAUCGACAAAGCCGAGCGGGUCUUCGAUCAGGCUGGUUUUCACGGCUGGGCCGCGUACGUUAAGAGCAGGAUCCUACCUGCGGUCACGGAGAGGUUCCACCAGAAGCUCGCAGACUCCGCCAGGGUGUCAGAGGCCGAGGCCGCCUGGGACUCCCUGUGCCCGACGAGCGAGGCGGCCACCUCUGGCAAACUGGCUUCGCGGUUGAAGCCCUUAGUGGUUGAGCUCCAAAGCCGAGCCCAGGAGGUGCUGGUGCAGCUGCUGAAGGCGGACGAUGCGUACCCGCUGGCCGCCACCAUCAACCACUACCUGGGUAAAUCCGUCACCCAGUACCUGAGCGGGGUGAACUCGAUGAGCUCGGCAGGGCAGCAGAAGGCUCUCCGGGCCUUCGCAGAGGGCAUCUGCCCGGUGAUGGUGGCCACUCCGGCUCUGGAGGAAGGUUACGAUGCGUUCUACACCGCCAAGUCCCACAUUCAGGGUGCUGGCAGAGCGAGGAAGAAGGACGGCAUUUAG